CCAUUUAGCACAGAUAGAUUUAAAACGCCAAUGACCCUGGGGAGCCUACCUGUUCUAACCAUGAACAUUUCCGAAACGGCAGCCGGAUUUAGUUUUUUAAUUGACCUUUAUUAUGUUAAACUUUAUGCUGACUCAUUUCCAUAAAUUGUUAAUUGUCACUUCAUUUAUUUAAGUGGUUGUUUAUUAGGAGUCCAAGCAUAUCGUAGCUGCUGGAUCCCUAUUGAUUUUUUUAACUUAAUUCCAGAAGCAGAUAGAAUCGACAAUAGCAUAAAAUGUGGAUUCACUUAACGAUAAAGCACGGCUUGUAUGUUUUCACUACUUACGCGUCUAGUUAUAUUUUGAUAGUUUCCAGCGUCCCGAUCAUCCCUCCGCAGCUAACCGCGCUCCUUCCUGCACCGUUACACAGCGCUUAAAUGUUACUUUUUGAUUAGCCUUGGAGCACAAUAAGAGGGGGAAAGGACCAAAGAAAGUGCCGCUGUUUAUGACGAUUAGUAUCGGCCUACAUGGAAACCUGUAGGUCAAGUGAGACGCUAACGCAACUCCAGCAGCACGCUAAGAGGACAGGUCCGACUAGAUGUUCCACUUGGUACAUAGCUUAAAUACAUCACCCCAUUUUUUCUUUCUCUCAUUUCGAAUAAAACGCCACCGUUCCAGUUUGGGGUUUCAUUUUUCUUAAUCACUACGCUUCCCUUUUCAGGAUCACUACCACACGGUUUGCCUGUAUAUUAGUAACUAUGGCAACGAAGAUCGUCUUUGAGCAGCCCCAGCCGGCCAUGGAAAGAUUUGACUCCCCUGAUUGGAGCUCGGGGAUCUGUGACUGCUGUCAGGACAAGGCUGAUUGCUGUUUUGCUUUCUGGUGCCUGCCCUGCUAUGCCUGCCGGACUUCCAGGGCCCACGGCGAGUGUCUGUGCUUGCCGUUACUCGAUGUCUGCGGCAUAGUGCCUCCCAUCACCUAUGCAAUGCGGGUCUCUGUGCGACGGCACUAUGGCAUCAGGGACACCAUGUGUAAUGACUGCUUAUAUGCCACUUUCUGUGGUCCCUGCACCUGGUGCCAGAUAUCAAGAGAGAUGAAAGCGCGAUUCCGACCAAUCACCCUCAUCAACGCCAGAGUUAAAGAAUGAACCCUUUAACUGUCAUCAAUCCUCCGUGCUGCCACACUAAAGACAAACCCGAAAGCAGUAAUGACCUUCUUCACCAGCAGAUGGCCACAGCUGUAAUUACACCACAUAACUGAGUACAGCCAUAUCACUUUCUUACAAUCCGGGGAACAGAUUGGAAAACUUUACACAUUUUUUGAGUUAAUGAACUUUGAAGAAACUUCUUACUUGUCCAGUGGAAGGAAGUCCUGCUUCACUUACGGGAAGGAUUUACUAUUUUUUUUUUUUUUAAUAGUAGAAGACAAGAAAGAUGGAGUGGUUUGAUAGAUUAUGUUGGACAACAUGUUUGUUACUUUUCAGCUAAAAUUUUGGUUUUGGGUUGUAUUUACAGAUUUUGUUCAUGUCUUCAGUUGAGUACACAUCUGUGCAUUUGUACUUGUUUGCAUGACUUUUGUUUGUUCACCUUUAGUUCACACAUGGUGCAGAUGCUAGGUGUAAAAUUAUGUGCAUUUGAGCUAGAAUAUUCAACAGUACCUGUGCUUUGUUUUAUAUGUCCAUGGCACUGUACCCCCAGACAUACUAGGGGAUUAGUAGGGUGACCACCUAAUCCAUGUCAGGAGGGGCACUUUGAGCUACGACAGGGUUUGUAAACUACCAUUUCAACCAUUUCAAUCAAAAGGCCUGGAUUAAGCCCUGAGUUCUUGCUGCGUGCGGAUUGGUCAGUCUCCUAUAAUCAUGCAUGUAUCACUAUUGUUAAUGUGAAACAGCUGGAUGAAUCAAUCAAGGAAACAACCCCAUUAAAACUACAAGACAAACCAAACAAUUUAGCUGAGCACGGGAGCCUUUUAAAGUAGCUGGCAAAACCUGAAGCAGCUCAUAGUGUCCCUUCUGACAUGGAUUAGGUGGUCACCCUGCAUACAAGGAACACCACACAGCUCACAUAGCCACUUGCCGUUUCACCCACAUUCACUUUUUACUUUAACUGUUUCUACCUGAACACAACACUUAUCGCUGAGAAAACAACAACAUUGUAGCCACUGUCACAGAACUGUGUGGAAUGCUGUUGUCUGUUGUGACAAAAUUAUUUAUAUGCACGUAAGUAAAUGUGAGCAGGAAGGGUGGAUGUGUAAUACUGAAAUGUGGAUGAAUGCUACGGCCUGCUAUGUAGUGCUCAGGCCUCUGCUAUGUGGAAUUCACGUGAUCAACUAGAAAAAUAUUCCAGUUGAACUACAUUCCUUCACAUAUGUGUACAUUAGUUAUUAACAAAACAGACCUUUAUAUCCUGUACUUUGGUGUCUGUUACUCAUCUUCUGGGACAAAUCGCCUGGACCUUGUGCUGUGUCACUUUGUCAGUAAAAAAAACUGAACAUGAACAAUAAGUACCCACCUAUGUCACCAACACCCCUACAAACUAUAAAUAAGUAUUUUUGUGGCUUAUUUUAGUAGGAUCAUUUUCUGUUCAUGGAGCCUUAGCAGGCCUAAUCACAGCUGUCGAUCCAGUCCAACCAGUGGGGCAGAGGUAUUUGUGAGAGCCUAGUGUUUGUGUACAGUGCAUUUCCUCUUAACAAACCACGUCGCAGUCACACGUUCAGGUUGAUUCUGGUGAAAUAAAAAGCAUGUACUGUAUUCGCAACGUUCGUGUGUUAAUGCUGAAUUAUAUGAUUGGUAAUUUAACAUUAAGAUUAAAACAUGAUUUCUACGCAGA